CAGACCUGUAUGUAUAGGGAGGGAGGAGGGCAUCUCGACCGGGCCGAUUCUGUCGCCGGUCGCCCGCAGCUCACAUACGAAGCUCUAGACUAGGCUGCAUCGUCCACGGCCAAGUUGAAGACCCCGGCCGGCAAGGCAACCCGACGUACGAUGGCUUGGGCUUGCCGCUGGACUACCGCGUUCAGACGGUGCGCCCGCCUGGGGGCAGCAUGGCUGACCUCGCCUGCAACCCAGCACCUCCGGCCAUCUGAGGCGCCGACCGCUUGGCCAUUGCCGACGUCGACCUCAUGGGCGCUAGUCAGUACGCGGAGGAGAACGACGACUCCACCCUCAGCCUGUAACGCGCGCCCGUGUGGCGCCGUGGUGACCGCCGUGGAGGUCGUGGUGGUGGACACGACGCGUGAACAUGACGUCGACGACUGCGACGGCGGCUCGGCUCCCGUCGUCCACGUCUACGGCUCCGUGACCGCGAAAACCAGAGCGGCUUCGGACGACCGCUGGGUGGAGGAGCGCAGCCUGUUCCACAGGGCGAAAGGCGAGCUGGCCCGCGUGCCCAGAGACGCGGCCGUACCGCUGCGGACGGCGGCGCUCGUCUCCGCGCCGCUGUGCUCGGACUCGGAGCUUCAAGUCUCCGCCGAGCUGCUGGACGCCAGCGCGUCGUGGCAGAACCCCGACCAGGAAAUCGCGCGCGGCUCCGUGGUCUUCGCUCCGCGCCUCGCCGGGACCGACACCGCGGAGAUCGCCGGCGCCGACGGCAAGGUCAGGGUGGACGUCACUUGGUCGACCUCGUAAAGCAGCAAGAGUGAUCAAAACAUCUCGCUCGCUCGAUUUCUAUGUUUUGUACUGCAAAAAUGCUACACCUAUGAAACUUCUUACUUUUUUUUAGACAAUCUCACGAAGCUUUUAUUUAAGUCGUCACAAUGUUUACAGGGACAAAUGAUAGAUCACCUGAGUUGCCCAACCACACACGGCGGCCUACCCCAAGUGAGAGAGCAUGCUUCGCUAGAUUGUAAGCCUCGACAUUCGAGCUCCUAAACUCAUGGCUAAAAAGACAGGAAAUAAAAAACUUUGAUCGAUCUA